AUGUCGGGCAAUUAUCGCGUUGAGAUCGCCAAGCAAGGCCGCGCAGGAUGUACCGCCACCGACUGCAAGAAGGAAAAUGUCAAGAUCGGCAAGGGCGAGAUCAGGGUAGGCGUCACAGUCGUGUUCCAGGAGCACACCAGCUGGAAGUGGCGGCAUUGGGGCUGUGUCACGCCCACCAUGCUGCACAAUUGGAAGGAGAAGACCGAGGGCGACGAGGAUUUAAUUGAUGGACUUGAAGAGAUUCCCGAGGAAAUCCAGGAAAAGGUCAAGCGGGCUCUGGAACACGAGCAUGUUGACGACGAUGACUGGAAGGGCGAUGCCGAGAUGAAUCGCUACAACCCGGACAAGCCGAUGCAGGGCAUGUUCGUGAAGCAGUUAGCGAAGAAGAAGAAGUCAGAUGACGAUGAGGACGAGGACGACACUACUACCAAGAAGCCAGCUCCGAAAAAGCGCGCUCGCAAGGCUGCCAACGAGGAAAAUGAUGAGGAUGAGGCACCCCCACCCAAGAAAGCUCGCGGCAAGAAGGUCAAGGCUGAAGACGAAGAGGCGGCAGAAGCACCGCCAGCGAAGAAGCCCAGAGCACGCAAAUCCAAGGCCGAAGACCCAGUCGACGAGGAAGCUGAGCCGGCUCCGGCUAAGAAGAAAGGCAGGAAGCCGAAGGACAGCCAACCCGACGAAGCAGGCGAAGAGGCCGAAGCUCACACGGCUGAGAAGCCGAAGGCCGCUCCCAAGAAGGGUCGUGGCAAGAAAGCAGCAGCACCUCCUGCUGAUGUCGCGGACGAUCUUGACGAUGUGCCGGAGAAGCCCGCAGCGAAGCCAAAGCGCAAGGGUAGAUCCACCAAGGCUACUGCCGUCGCGGAGGACGACGAGUAG